UUGUGAGCACUUCCUCGUUCCGUGUUGCACUCUACAUUCGUGGCAUUUUUAGUGGAAAGUUGAAAAAAGAAGUGCAAGGAAAUGGGUGAUAAUCUCUUUCUUAUAAGUCGUGCAGAUAUCUUUUCGAUAUACCCAAAGAUAUUCAAUGAACUUAUUGCUCAGGAUGAAAUUGAGCGCCAAAAGUGUAGUGGACGUAUUGCAAAGGAUAUCAGUUUGCCUAGUGAUUAUGAUUUUAAGCUAAAAGUGUACUUUAGGCUUCUUGAUCAGCAGAGAAAACUCAAUGAGGCUGAAGAACAGGGAAAACCACCUGAAAAAUUGGAUACAUUGAGAGUUGUUGAAUUAUGGGAUCCACUUCACAAUUACGAACUCAUAGCGACCCCAUCGAUUAUAAUUAAGAAAAAAUGCUUCAUUGAUGAUCCUAUGAAAUAUUUAGAUACGGAAUUGGGCAUUUGGUCACUCGAGGACAUCUCAAAAGCUGGAAUGCUACUGAGAAAGCCUCCGUUGCCGUGUACUUUUCACAAUGAGCACGAAAUGAGGAGAGUUUAUUCAUUAAUCUACGAUGUCUUUCGAUACAAGACAGUCCUCCAUCAGGCACUUAUUAAUGCAAAGUUCUUCGUAGUUUAUCCUCACUUAAACCCGGAUGUUAAUCGUGUGUGGCUCAUUCUAUUUGAUCUCCAUAUGAGGCACUUUUUAAUGCGAGAUCCUGAAGAGACCAAAAAGAAAAAUAUCUUGUUUAAGGAGUCUGAUCUCACGGAAAUUGACAAUAAAUUGUGGGAUCAUCGAAUAAAAUUAGCAGCAGCUCUUUCAAGGCUGAGGAUCGAGAAUGGAGCUCUAACGCUUUCCCAUUUGCUUCCUCCUCAUUUGCAGGAUGAAAAAGUUGCAAUUGCUGCUGCCAAUCCCAUCGUUUCGGGAUGGAUCAAUCCAUUUAAAUUUGCCAAGAAAGACAAUGCUGUGGAAUAUUUGGGUCAGAGGGGUUUCAAUGAGACUUCAACGAUUCCUAAUGGAAAGUACGAACCUCUUGCACUCAAUCAAUUCAAAUGGGACCGUGUUUGUCCAUUUUACAUGCAAUGCUUGCCGGAGAAUCGUGGUCUCUUGGCCCAAACGCCCUUCAUCAAGGAUUUCAUGUUCGUCUUGCAAGAUCGCGCCUUUUCUAUCGGUCCAGCAUACUUUUCCCGUUUAUUGGAUCAUUUUACGAUAAAUGGAGAUGUUGUGCAGACUCAUGUGUCUUCCCCAAGAUCUACUGCCUACUUGGCAUCAUUAUUCCUAACAAAUGCGCGUGUCCGGAAUUUCCUUGCUUUCGGAGCUGGUCCGAGGCUUGAAGAAUAUCGGGAUUUUAUGGCAACGCUGGGAGUGAAUAAUGUGAAGAUUUAUGCAGAAAACUUUACAAAUCUUUCCCUGAAAUCUCAGUUGUUUGAACGGGCUGUUGGGAUCUUUGCUACCCCACCAAAUAGCUACAGCGGGGUAACGGAUCCCAUUGAUUUGAUCUGCAGUCGAGGUGGGGAUUUGACUAUGCUGGAAGUCCUUACGGAAUCCGAGGUGAGUGAUAGUGGAAAAAAGCGUGUUGCUGAAGUUCUGACUGAACAGAAGGAGACCCUGAGACUCUCGCUGUUUCGACCCCAAAUCCAAUUUGUCCUCUAUGAAACGCAUUCUGUUGUGAGUUCAGAAAAUGAAGAUAUGCUAAUGCGUGCCGUUGAGGAUGUCAAUAGAGCUGCCCAGCAGAAACAUUACCAAGUCAUGAGGGAUAUUGCACGGCAGGAAGCUCUUUCGGCAGCUCAAGAGGGUCAUGCAAUGUCACCAUCGACACCAACAUCUGCUCGCAAAAAAGCCAGACGCUCAUCUGUGGAAGUUCCACCGAUUAAGCUUAAAUCCUCAGACAGCGAAGAUUCCACAGAUUCGGAGACAGAAGGCAGAGAAACAGCCAAAUCUCGGGUUUCUUCCAAAAAGUCCAUUUGUACAGAAUCUGAGGAACAAUUUCUCUGUACAUUCGAUAUUCCACCAACUGAUAUCUUUGAAAUUAUCGAUUUGCCGGACAUUUGUUUGAACAGGGAUCAGUGUUUGAACUUGGAAGAGCACGGAUCUUACUUGGCUCUGGCUAAGAGGAAGGAAAUCACGAGAUUUGACUCAAAAUAUCUCAUCAAAAUGGCUGAGACUAGAGGACUCUUUGGUGAUUCUAAACCCAAGACAGCCCGACCAAAAGUUCAGAAGAAAAUUGAGAAGAAAGAAGUGGAAAUUCUUGAGAAACUCUCUGGGAAGAAAUUGAAGAAAAAGAAGAGUGAUCUCUCCGUUUUGAUAAAUCGUUUGACCACGCCAACAUUGUCCUUCCUCAAUCACUCCUACCUCCAGAGAUGCUCCUCAGCUGAGAAGAAAUUUUUAAUGUACGAUCCGAUCCGGUGUCGAUGCCUGAGGCACUUGACUCAUCAUCAGGAGGGUCUUCUUUUGGAUGGAUCCGCUCAACUUUUAUCUCAGUCUCAACUCAGGGCUCGCACCUGGUGGCAUCAGACCACGAAUUUCUUGAUAAAACUGCGGAGGAUUCAGCGAGAAGCCCAAGAGAUCCGGCGGAAAAAGCCAAGUUUAUACAAGCCACUCAAGGAGAAGAGGAUGAAUCCUUUGCGACUGCCUCGGGUGCUGAAGCCGGAAGAUGAUGGAUCCCAGAUGGUUAUGAAGUCAAUGCGAGGGCACCUAAUAAAUCGGGACACGUACCCGGUGUCGGUUAAUCAAUUGGAGAUGGAAAAGAGGAGAUAUUCCACCAUGAACUAUCUGAGAUGUGACUAUGAGGAGGAGCCCAAUGGACUAAGAAUUCCCCAUAUGACGCAGUACAUAAAAUACAAUCCCAUUUACUACUACUCGCAUUCUUAUUGAUCGAAUAAAAGUGCUUUGGUUACAA